AGGCGGUGACUUCGAAUCACCGACCAUGGUCAGAAAGGUGUUGUGACGACUUUGUAAGGAGAGUGCAAAUAUUUUCUACCCUAAUGUUUUAAAAUAAAUCCACAUGGGCAUAGUUCAAGCCUCUAGCUUUAAUCCAAGCCCAAGUUUUUGCCUCUCUAGAGCUUAACAAGGCUGAAAAUAAGCCCACAAAGCGGCCCUGCAUUUAGAGCCCACCUCGGGCCUCUACUCCCCCUCGCCUGCUGCUGGGCGCUGUGAAUGGAUUUUUUGUAAACCUCCAGUUUGUAACGCUAUUUCGGCCCUUUCAUCUCUGCACAGGUCCGUUUUCAUUAUUUUUCGAAAUCAUUAACGUUUUGAUUAACGUUAGUGACCCUUCAGUGUACUUGAUAAGUUCAUGACAACAAGUGAACUGUGCAUACAGCAUAAUUUUGUACAGGUUAUCUGUGCCCAAACAUGACUACUCUUCGGCCAUUUACUUGCAUGGACCUCCUAAAGUUUAAUAAUGUGAACCUUGAUCCAUUGACGGAAACUUUUGGUCUACCAUUUUACAUGCAAUAUCUGGCACACUGGCCAGAGCAUUUUCAGAUAGCUGAAUCUCCAAGUGGAGAAAUCAUGGGUUACAUCAUGGGUAAAGCAGAAGGAAUGGGCGAAAACUGGCAUGGGCAUGUAACUGCUCUCACUGUAUCUCCUGACUAUCGACGUCUUGGGAUGGCUGCUACCCUUAUGUCUUGGCUGGAAGAAGCCUCUGAAAAGAAACAAGCAUAUUUUGUUGAUCUCUUUGUGCGAGUUUCUAACAAAGUUGCAAUUCAAAUGUACAAACAGUUGGGAUACAUAAUCUAUCGUACUGUUCUGGAAUACUAUUCAGGUGACCCUGAUGAAGAUGCAUAUGAUAUGCGUAAAGCGUGUUCACGGGAUGUUGAAAGACAGUCAGUAAUACCCUUAACACAUCCUGUCCGUCCAGAAGAAGUGGAUUAAGCGAAUUUGUAUUUUUAAUUUGUAAUUUUCUUUCCAAAUUUGACUUAAUGUUGAGCUUAUUCUAAUACAGGUUUCAUUAUAACUUAAAACCCAUCACCAAUGGGCCUCCCAUGAACUCACUAGUUCAUACUUGCAAAAAUGUACCAUUCACACUAAAUUGUUUCGCUGAGAAACAAGAAUCACAGGACCCUUCUUCAAACAUUGUAUUGAGUCAAUUAAAGUUAUGUAAGUACAUGUAUUACCAAUAUUAACUUAAAAUUAUGUAAUGAGACUAGAAACAGGCAUAAUAAUAAUAAUAUUAAGACUA